UAAUGGGUUUGACAACUCUGGCGCUGAUAAUUUCCCAUGUCCGUCGUCGAAUCUUGACGAGCUAUGUCAGAAUCCCGAGUCAGUACUAUCCCGAUGCCGACCACGGGAAUCGUAUAGUUUGCCCAAGGUUAUUGUGUGUGUUGGGGGUGAGCCGACUGCUCUGUGCGUGGUGGAGAUUUUCAGUCCCUCCAUGUCGGUUGUGUGGCGCAUGGAAAAACCAAGGCUUCCGUAUGGCGUUCUUGGAUUCGGCGUGGCGGUUCUGAAGGACUCAUUGAUGGUAUGCGGCGGCUUGGAAGAUGAUGGUCCCUUGCCUUACGCUGAUCUGAAGCGCGUUCGUCGGCUGGAUCUGUUUCGUGAUCGAUCGACGGAUCUGACACCUAUGCUGUCCCGCCGCGCCUUUGGGGGUGCCGCUUCUCUUAACGGCCGCGUCUACGCUGUUGGUGGCUAUAACGAGGAAGACGAACCGAUGGCCGCCGUUGAAUUUUACGACCUUGAGAAAAAUACUUGGCAGCCCGUCGCCGGACUACCACUUCCAUUAGGUCAUUUCGCCAUGGUGGCUACCAAUAAUCGGCUGUACGUGUUUGGGGGCAGGUCCACAUGGGGAGGCACUUUUACAACGGCUAACGCGGCGUUAUGCUACGAUCCAGCAGUGGAUGCAUGGAUUACGCUGGCCGACAUGCCAACUGCACGGCGUUAUUGUAGUGCCUGUGUGGGUCCCGGUGGCCUAAUUUACGUAAUCGGUGGAAAAUCAGAAGAUGGUAGAUAUUUGCGUUGCGUUGAGGCUUACGAAAUCCGUAACGAUCGAUGGUUGAAAAAAAGUGAUAUGAUUAGCGCUCGCUCCGCAGCCGGUUGUGGUUAUGUGGACGGCCGGAUCUUUGCCCUUGGCGGCGGAGGCGACGAAGACGGUGUUCGUUCUGAUAUCGAGUUUUAUGACGAGGAUACCGGCAUGUGGAGCGUUCAUCCCUGCCGACUAUCUCAGCCAAAAGAGAGCUUUGGCUGUGUGGUGAUGCCGAUGAAAAAAGGUAGCAACUGGACUGGUGAAGUGAAUGACACUUCGGAUGAUGAAGAAGCGGGACAGGAAUGAAGAUAAACGGUGUUUGCGGCUUGACGAUCGCUUUGGUUAUGUAUCAGUGGAAAUGGAUUUUAGCAGCAUUUCAUGUCGGUUUUACUACUGGGUUCGUUACGGACCUCGUGUUUCGAUGGUCAAUGGGUGCCCAUCAUCAUACCUUUACAUAUUUUGUGCAUUUUGCUGAUAUUCAUUAAUA